UAAGACCACAAUCUUCGCUUAAGCUUACCAAAUAAUAUUAAGACUUACCGAAUUAAGUAAGUUCUGAGUUAAAACCUAAAGUCAAUUCAAAAUGGCUUUAACAGCUCGUAGUACUCGAAGCAAAUUGAGACAAUCAGGACUAUCUGUUCAAAUUAAUGAAGAACAUGUGUCCAUAGUAGACCUGUUAGAAGCAUCUAACUUAGAUAUUUCAUCUUCUGACUCUGGUCUAGAGUUGUGGGAUUUACAGUUUAAACCAGAAGAAAAUGAAAAGAAGAAGUUGUUUAGUCAAGGACUAUAUAAACCGGGUAGUGGGGAGAUUUGUGCGGAGUAUAUCACCGUAUCUGCCAGUUCUGUAUUGAACCACGUAUACUAUGCAUACCCUUCUGUCAAAGACCCGGGAAUUGAGGAAGCUUUGCUCUUACCAGAAAAACCCAAAGAAUAUGAAGAUGAUGGUCAGGAGCUGUACUUGGAAUUGUGUAAAGAAGCCAACCAAGCACCAAUAAGGAUCUUCCACAAGGGAUUGCUCACAGAUACAAUUGAUUUAAGGUACUACGGAAUACAUCCAGGUGGUAUGAGAGCGAUGUCCCUAGCCCUGUCUCGCAACAGAAAUGUGAAGACUCUCGACUUGACCAGUAACUUCUUGAACGAUCUCGACGCUUGCUACCACCUCGGUCAGACUUUCAGUUUCAGCAAUGCUAUCAAACGACUUAUACUGAAACAGUGCAACAUCAGACAAGCAGGGAUACGUCCACUAGUCGUUUAUUUCUACACACGUAACUUCGAUUUAUUAGAUUUGUCAGAGAACAUUUUGUGCGAUGAAGGUAUCGAAUAUGUUAUUGAGCAGCUAAACCGUGGAGCUGUGUUUAAUAGAUUGAUCUUGAGACGUAAUUUUUUAACCAGUGCCUGCUUACGUCCUUUAGCUACAGCCCUAGAAUGCCAUGACAAGAUAAAGCACUUGGAUCUCUCCUGGAACAAUUUUGUGGCUCCUUACGGUCCUAAGGCACUGUUUCGCGUGCUCGAAGAGAGUGAGGUAAUAGCUGAACUUGACAUGUCCUGGACCAAUCUCAAGCUGUCGACAGAACUCAAACAUUUGUUUAACAUCCGCACCUUGAAGAAACUGAAUUUAAGUCAUAAUGCUCUUACUUCUGCAUCAGCAAGAGUAAUAGCCAGGAAUCUCCACAUAUCACAAGGUUUGGAUGUUUUGGACCUCUCUGCCAAUCCGUUUACUCCUUCUGAUGCGUUGUUUUUGCUAUCAAAAAUGAAACUUAUGAAGGUCAAGUUAAGGGAGCUACGUCUUGAUGAUAUUUCAGUCAGCAAGGAAUUUCCUGCUGAUCUUAAGGAAAUAUUACAACUACAUUUUAGAAGAAACACUAUUGUAACUUACGGUCAUGUUCUCCGUAACUAUACACUGCCUGAGAAGGACAUAAAGAUUCUCAUCAUGAAACGACUUGUGCACACCACAAAAAAGAAAGCAUCAAAGAACGGAGUAGAUGUAUUGUUGUAUUUACUUGAAAAAAAUCGUACAGAGAAAUACCUAGACUUGGCUGAAUUUAAUCGUUGCAUGAAAGCGAAUGACACUCAAUUGAAGGAUGAAUUUCUAGAACAAAUGUACAGAUCCUUCCAAGGGAUAAAGAAUGAUAAGGGAGCUAAAUCUGCCAACCUUGAUGUGAUAGUUGACUACAUACAUCGGCUUUGGCCGGAUAAGAAGCUGCCACCAACACCACCACCAACGCCACCGCCGCCUCCGCCACCUCCAAAAAAGAAAGGAAAAAAAUUAGGGAAGAAGAAAUGAAGAAACUUGGAGAUGAGAGAAAGAGAUGGAAGUAUUUGUUUAAUAUUUUUUGUUUAAUUUUAUCUUUUAAAACCCUCUGUCUGUGACCAAAAGAUGGCGUUAAUGUAGCGUUAGAUUCUGUUUGUUGUAAUCAUUGUAGCUGUUACGUUUUCUGUACUUCUACCAUGAGUUUGAAGCAAUAGUA